AAGACCAAAGAGUAAAUUAUUAUAGACAACGUUUUUGCUCUCCCGUCUAUGUCGGCUGUCUAUGGUUCUUUUCUUAACUUUUUCUAAAAGACUGCCGCGGAUGAAAUCUGAUCAGAAAAUUCGAAGAUUAUUUUUUCCAUAUUAUUUGGAAUAUAUCAAGUAAUUUAUGGAUGCGAGUCAGAUAAAUUAUACAUUCGAGGGUAUACCUACUUACUGAAAACUAAUAAGAUUUUGAAUACAAUGGACGAAAAAAUUAAAAAAUGUUGUCCAAAUUGCUGUCAGUUAUAUCAACUGAAAGCAACAAAUUCCAAAUUCUUUCCUAAUCUUCCACUAUUCCUGACAUGUGGUCACUCUACGUGUGAGAACUGUGUCCGAAACUUGGUGAAAUUUGGAGAACCAAUUGAUUGUAAAAUAUGCCUCACAACCAUGCAACUGGACGCUGCAGAUGCAGAUCAACUGGUGCAGAAUAAAGUGUCACUGUACAAGUUGUUUCCCGUCAAUGUUUAUAUGGUUGGAGAGCUUGCAUUGCAACAUAUGGAGAUUAAAGAUUCAAAUAAAGAGAUACCAGCUGAUGAAUAUUACACAGAUAUAAAAUCUAUCAUUAACAAUGUUGAGAUACAAGAUGAAUGCAUUGAAUGCCAUGGACCAACUUCAAAAAUGUGCCAGCAGUGUGUGCAAAGCCUUUGUAAGGAUUGCUUCAACAAAACACAUAUGAAUUUUGCAGUUUUCAAAACGCAUGUACUUCGAAAUAUUGAAUCUUCACCAGAAAUAUUUAAGUGCAACGUCCAUACUGAUACAAUGAUGGGAUUUUAUUGCAAAGACUGUUCAAAAUUUUUUUGUGUGAACUGUGCGUUGCUAGGAGAGAGGGCUUGCAAAGACCAUGAUGUAAUAACUAUUCGCGAAGCGAAUGAAAAGUUUGCAUCUGACCUUUCUGAUUUGGCUCCCAAAGUUGAUGAAAUAUUAAGAAGACUCACUAAUACUAGUGUGGAUAUUGGAAAUUUGCUGACGAAGUUGCACAACGAAGGAACUUCAUCUCAAUAUGUGAAAAUGUUCAAUAAUGUUGAACAGCACUAUUCCAAAAUCAAUGCCAUCAUACAAAAACAAAAGGAUGAUAUUACAAACAAACUGUUUGAAUUGAAAGGCCAGGAAAUGGAAUCUCUAUAUAAAACCAAAGAUAUUGUUUGUGAGAGUAUUAAGAAAGCAAAAAGCACUUUAAAUGAUAUAAUUUCUUUGGAUUUAAAUAGACUAAAUGAGUUGAACUUAAUGACGCUUAUCGACAAAGCAAUGGAAGUUGUUAACACUCCAUGGUACUUGCAUUGCGACGAUGCUGAAAAUACCUUAAAUUUGGUAGUGAAAGAUGAUUUGUAUUCAUUAAUAGACGACUACAUAAAAGUCGAGGGCAACGCCAGUCCAAAAUAUGGUUUGUACACUCAUGAAGAGUUAGCUAAAAGCAAUAAAGACAUACCACCAGUGCCAAAGUCGAUUGUGUACCCACCAGAGCUUGUUAAAGAUGUACGCCAAAAAACGAAACUGCUAAACAAACCGGCCGACCGGCCGGCCAAAAAGCCGGUUGAAGCAGUUCUGAAGCAAUCAUUUAUUAAGGACAUCCCACAGUAUCGCAGCAGUAAGGGCGGUUCCACUAACUCCCUCAAUUCCAACAACAGUGAUACUUCACAAAAGAAAUAUGUUUCUUAUGACCAGCGUCGGCCAGUGGCAUGCACGACGCCAUUUCAAGUCACUCCGGAACCUAAACAGCUACAAGAAGGCGCCCAGGAGCUGGUGUACGUGUCUCACAUCGUGGACCCGAACAAGUUGUAUGCGCAGCGCGUCUGCCUGCAGAGCACGGUGCAGGAGUUGUUGCGCGAGUUCCGGAACGCCGGCACCCUGCCCAGGCCCUCGCUCAAACAUGUUGCUAUUGGCAAAGUGUAUUUGGUGCACAUCAAAGCCGACGCCAUGUGGCACCGGUGCCGCAUCGAUGGCGUCGAUGACCGGAGUACGGACAAGCCACUGUAUAAAGUGUUCUGCAUUGACUUUGGCAACACUGAAAUUGUUUCAAUCGACGAAUUGCGUCUCAUUCCCGUGGCUCGAUUGCAAUCGCCGCCCCCGCUGGCCAUCGAAUGCUGUCUAGCCAACUGCCAGCCGAUCGACAACUGGAGUAACGAUGCCGCCUUGCUCAUCCAGAAAAUAAUCGACAACAAGCGAGCUGUCAUGUAUAUCCGGCGCAUUCUCUCUGUGGACGACGGCAUAUUGAGAGUGGAAUGCGAUAUAACUACAUUCGAGGGCGGAGUGAGCGUUGCGCACGCGCUCGCUUUCCAAGGCUUUGCGCGCAUGCCCAAUAGUAACCUGACGUACCCAAAAAUGAUGACUCUCUGUGAAAACCCAAAAAUAUAUGUUACCAAUGAUUACAAACAAAAUUCUAUUGAGGAUGUGGUCAUUACCCACGUGGAGAGCCCAGAUGUCUUCUUUGUCAGAAAGUGCCAUCAUCCUUAUGAAAAAUUGUGUGAAGAUAUGAAUAGAGAAUACCGUACAGGCGAUAGCAAAGGAAGUGUAUAUUUGCCUGAAAAGGACGCAGCGUACGCGGUACUUGUGUCUGGGCGCGGCAUGGGCACGGUGUGGGCGCGCGGUGUGGUGCAGGAGCUGUCGGGGCGGCGCGCGCGCGUGCUGCUGUGCGACUCGGGCGAGCGGCUGCUGGUGCGCUGCGACCAGCUGCGCCGUCUGCACGCCAAGUUCACCACGCUCAAAGCGCUCGCCACACAGUGUCAUUUGGUCGGUAUAAAACCAAUCAACAAGAAAUGGAGUCCACAAUCGGGAGAGUUCUUGCAAACAUUCAAAGAACGACCACUAGAGUUGCACGUUGAAGAUAAUCGAUCACAUGAAUCUGUCGGUGUUAUACUUUUUGACAACUCUGAAGAAGAUAAUAUUGUCUGUAUCAACGAAUUGAUGGUGAACCGAAAAUUUGCAUACACUUAUGGGCUGUAUAUGUUCAACAACAAGUCUCCAAUGGAAGAACUCGUUCACAACAACAAGGACCCAUUGGAGAAACCAAAAAAGGCACCUAAGAAGCAAAACGCAAUCACUAUUCUUCAGCAGAACAAACCGAUACCCAAAAAGAGGGUAGAAGUGAGAGACAAAGGGCCGUUGAGAAUAGAAGCCAAGGUUGUGAACUACCAAUCGCCGGGACUGAUCUACGUGUCUCUGGUACACCAGAAGAAGCUGUUCCACGAGCUGUUUGAGAAGAUACAACAGCAUUACGCGGAUGUGACGAAUAACAGUGGUGAGAACAAGGAGUGGCAAGUCGGAGACCGAUGCUGCACUAUAUGUACGCAAUCGCGCACGUGGCGACGCGCAUCUGUACUCGCGAUCGAAGACGACAGCGCCAAGGUGUUCUACUCAGACUUCGGCUGUACAGAACGCGUGCCCCUCUCAGGCUUGAGAGAACUAGACCGACAGUUCACUGCGGUUGGCGACGCCGCCAUCUUGUGCCACUUGUCUGGAGUCAUUCCUGCAGGCGGCGACGACUGGCCGUCGAUGACCAAGGAGUACCUCAAAGAGUUGAUAGACGUGUACCAGAGACUGUAUAUCACCAAAGUCGGUGACUUCAAAGGCAAAAGCAUGCCCGUGGAACUGUGGGUGUAUCACACGACACCGGGCGGCGCACUGGAGCCCGACACAUCGGAAUGGCGGUGUCUGAAUAAAAAAAUCAUUGAACAGGGAUUGGCUUUGCCGGACAAGUUGAACCAAAUUCCGAAGGAGGAGGCAACAACCGGUGACAGUAACUCUGCCGCUGGGGACGAUGUACUAUCGUUUUUGAAUAUUACGGGAUCCAUUCACGACUGGCUACAAAUUGAGCCGAUGCCAAUGAAACCCCUCAGUGUUGACGCAGAACCUGAAACCAACAACAGUCAGUCAGUCAGUCAAUCCACAUGUGAAGAUGUGGAAAAGCAAGAACAACCGAAUAGCUCGAACACGGUAUACAUAACCGACUGGUUGCCUCCAAAGCCGCUUGAGUGUCAGGAAUUCACAGCCACACCAACAUUUGUCGAUGACAAUGGUGUGAUUUACCUCCACGACGUGUCACAGGAAGAGACGUUUGAUUUGAUCCGCAACGGACUAGAUGCGCGUUUUAAAGACCCAGAUCCCAAAGCGAAAUACGUAAAGUGGACCGUCGGCGAGCCUUGUAUCGCCAUGUUUUUUUUGGACAAAUGUUUCCACCGGGGCCGGGUUGUGGCAGUCAACUACGAAACAUCGACUUGCACCAUACAUUAUAUUGAUUAUGGGAACGAGGAUGAAUGCGCUUUCGAAAAUAUUAGAAAGAGCACUGCGCUUUAUCCGAUCCCGAUACAAGCGUACAAAUGCAUGCUCAAAGGCAUUCGGCCUGUAGGAAAAAAAUGGGAUCGAAUGACAUUGGAUUUUAUUCAUAAGAACAUUGUAGACAAACAAACCUUCGUCAAAGUGGCCGGUGAGCCAAUUGGGGGAAUUUUACCUAUUGAACUCAAAUGCGGCGAACUUUACUUGAACGAUCACCUGGUACAUUUAGAAAUGGCAGAAUACACAGACGAAGCUAGAAAUGUCGUACGACAAUUUAUCCCAACAACUGAGGGUAGUGAAACAAACACAGAAACAAAUUCCGGACCAGAUUACAUAAUAGAAGACAGUGACAUUGAAUCGGUAGAGUCGCAAGUACAGAUGAGGCCUUUUGAUCUAGAUGGCAAAAAUUGGUAUGAAAUCAUGCAGGAAGAUGAAAUGGAAUCUACGAGUACUAUAGGAAGAUACGUCACAUACACAUCUAUGACGGAAAGUGAAUUUUUGUGUCAUAUAAAAGUGUUGUAUGACAUUAAUAAGUUGGAAUUGAUUGUCAUGCAGGAUCAUGACACUACAGUGAUGUAUACGGAGAUGGAGGCACAAUUACAAAAGGACAGUAAUAAGCCUGCCAUAAAUGGCGUUUACGAGAACAAGGCAUGUUUAGUAUUAUUCCCACAAGACGGUCAAUGGUACCGGGCAAUGGUAUUACAAUACAGUGAAGCCAAAAAGCUCGUUAAAGUUAAAUAUGUCGAUUAUGGGAAAAUAGAAGUUACGUCAUUGGAGAAUUUGAGAGAAAUUGAUGAUGAUUAUUUAAAAUUACCUACUGCGACGUUAACUGCUACUUUAUAUGGAUACACGAUUAAUUCCAGCCUUGAUGAAAAAGUUGUCGCUGGAAAGUUUACAGAGACAUUUUUAAACAAAGAUCCUUUUCAUGUUAAAAUCAUAAAAAAUGAUGUCUUACCGAGUGUUGAACUCAAAGAUAUCGAUGGAAAGUUGGUGUAUGAGAAUCUCAUCACUGAAAACGUGCUUUUGCCAUGUGAUUGAAGGGAAAAAUUUAUUUUGUUUACCACUUUCAGAAUGAGUGCCAAAUCAUGCAUUUGACGAUUUUUAAAAUCUACGAUUUGCUAAUGAUCAAUAAUAAGAGAUUUUUAACAAUAUAUAUACAUGUAUUAGAUAAACCAAUAAGGUCCAACCGGAAAAAUCGGCCUUUUUUGUUGUGUUGGGACGAUGUAUUUUGGUUUUAUUUCGGCUCAGCCUCAAUUGGUUGAUUUUUCUUUAAGAGAUAAUGUCUAAUGUGAUAAUAUAUUGAUGAGUGUUCUUUCCAAAUUACAACUGCCAUCGCAUAUCUUUGCUUCUCGCGUUAAAAAAUAGUUAUUUAACGAUAUCUCCUUUCAGACUCAAUAUACGACAAAAAUGUUUUAGAGGCAAUUGAAGUUGAGAAAAUUUGCUAUUAUUUACAUCGCAUUAAUUUUUUUUCGGUAAUUUUAGUAGUUUCGGUGUAUGCCGCGCAAAGUACUUUAACAUGUGCUAUGGCUUACUACUAAUUUCCAUAUUACCUUGCGGUAAUAGAGUAAGCAUGGUAAACAUGAAUAAUCUUCAACACCGUUUUUCGUAUAUUUCUUGUGUAAAAUAUUUGUGCAUAAUUAUAUUAGCGUAUAACUUUGUAUUGGACUCCCCUCCCUUCUACAACAGAUCUUACACAAAAAUUUAAAUUCGGAAAGAUCACGUCAAAGUUAACUAUAAAAUGACCAAAUUUUCAAAUUCCUGGAUAACUUUCCUGGUAAACUAUCAGAUGUCUAGUAUAAGUAUUACAUAAAUGUAUGUAAAUAUAUUUUUUUAUGUUAUAGGCUUAUCAAUAUCUUCGAAAACGUGUAAAAUAUUCAUUUUGGGACCCUCCCAUUCCUUUACGUUACGCUCAAAUCGUCAGAUUUUUGAAAUGCACACAUUUUAGCUAUCAACUCACCUACCUAUCUUAUCUUAAUCUGAUGUGCUGUUUGAGUAUUUCUGAAGUUAGUUUUCUUUUUUGGUUGCCCUAAACGUACCCACCAAUAUUAAGGGCUCAUGCUUGGUGGAGGUACUCAACAACGUGCAAGGUAUACUCUCUUAUGUUCAUCUGCUCAGCUCGCUGCAAAUAUCCCAUCUUCGGCUCCCCUAAGGCUUUCAUAAGGAAGGGGAAAUUUUGUAAUAACAAUCGAGGUUUUAUACUAUAUAUGUGUACCGGCGAAAACUAACGCAACAGAACUUACGAGCGUGUCCAACAGAAUGUUCCGCAAGUGUCAUCACUUACCAUCAGGUGAAAUUGCAGUCAGGGCUAACUUGAAAAGAAUAAAAAAAAUGUGUCCCUACUCUAACACGUUUUUUAAGUUGUUGAUAAGCCUAUUAAAUGUCGAAAGACGAAAUGUUUUUAUUUUCUAUGUAGUUUGUGAAGAAUUUCGAAGUGAAGGUUUUCACUUUAAAAUCUUAUUUAUAGCUAUAAAGUUGAGUGAUAAAAGUCCCACUGUUAAAUGCUCUGCGAGCUUUGUUUAUAAUAUUUAGAAUUAACUUUUAAUUUUGUUUUCGUACCGUUAUAAAUAUAAAACGGAUAUCAGCA